AUGUAUAAAACUGCAAUCAUCCUUUUGGUUAUUUGUUUAUCAUUGGCUGAAUGUAAAAAAAGUGCAACGGAUAAAGUUGUCGAUGCAGCAACUGAUAUAAAAGAUAAAGUCGUUGAAACGGUAUCGGAUGGAUUAAAAGUCGCUGCUGAUAAAGCCAAAGAUGUAGCAAGUGAUGCCUACAAAGCUGGAAGUAAAGUGGUCGAUCAAUAUGCUGAAACUGGUAGUGAAUAUUUGAGCGAUGCUACUGAUUAUGUAAAAGAUAAAGCAGCUGAUGCAGCAAAAGUUGGAGCUAAAGUGGCCGGUGAAUAUGCUGAUCAGGCAAAAGCUACGUUAAAAAAUGUUGCAGAUGAUACUUUAAAAUCAGCUCAACAUUUUGGUAAUGAUGCAUUGGCAGCUGGUAAAGAAUAUGGUCAAGAAGCACUCAAACAAGGUCAAAAAUUAGGAGAACAAGCAGCGGCAGCUGGUGCAGACUAUGCAAAUGAUGCAUUGAAAGAAGGAGAAAAAUUGAGUAAAGAAGCAUGGGAAACAACGAAAGAACAAGCAAAUCAAGCAUUGAAAAAUGGUAAAAAGGCAGCUAGUGAAUCACUUGAAGAAGCGAAGGAAAGUGCUCCUGGUAAAAUAAGAUCAGCUAAAGAAACGGCAACAGAAACAGCUGAAUCAAUAAAGGAGAGUGGAUCGGAAACAUUAAAAUCAGGAAAAAAAGUAGGUGACAAACAAUGGGAGACAACAAAAGAAAAAGCAAAUCAAGCAUUGAAAGAUGGUAAAAAAGCUGGUACUGAAGUUAUUGAAGAAACGAGAGAAACUGGUCACAAAAAAAUAAAAACAGCCAAAGAAAGUGCAACAGAAACAACCGAGAAGGUUCGAGAGCAUGGAAAAGAUCUGUAA